AUGGCUCCCAGACGAGCUCUCCUCAUGCAGUCUACCAAGAGAAGGAACAUGUCAUCCUGGGACAGGAUCAUCAAGAAUAGGCUGAAGCUUCGGGAUGAGUUCAACAUUGAUCCUAAUGAGUUACGACGCAGCUUGAGUGACAAGAAAGUUAUCACAAUCAUUGAGGAGCAGCAGAUUCGUGGCAAGCAAAACCCCAAGGAACAAUAUGAUGAACUCUUCACGAUCCUCCUUUCCAAGAACCCACAAGAAUGCGUUCCCAAGUUCUACGAGGCACUGACUGACAUUCGCAGACAGGAUGUCCGGGAUUUCUUGCAAGGUAUGCUAAUGAAGAGAAGGAACAUGUCAUCCUGGGACAGGAUCAUCAAGAAUAGGCUGAAGCUUCGGGAUGAGUUCAACAUUGAUCCUAAUGAGUUACGACGCAGCUUGAGUGACAAGAAAGUUAUCACAAUCAUUGAGGAGCAGCAGAUUCGUGGCAAGCAAAACCCCAAGGAACAAUAUGAUGAACUCUUCGCCAUCCUCGUUUCCAAGAACCCACAAGAAUGCGUUCCCAAGUUCUACGAGGCACUGACUGACAUUGGCAGACAGGAUGUCCGGGAUUUCUUUCAAGAUGUUAAUGGAGGUGUUGUGGAGGUCUUGAGUUCGGACGGUCCACAGCAAAGUUUGUCACAAGAGACGGGGAAAGCAGGCACGGCUUCUGACAGCAGACCAGAGAUCGUAGGCAGAGCUGACGAGAAUGACUGCCAGGGACGACCUUCCACGACGGACGACACAGGACAGAGGGACAGAAGACGAGUCAUGGAGCCAUCUGAUGGCAAUCCUGAUGACCAGGUUCGACAAUCUGAAGACCUUACUCAAUCUUCAGAAGAGACCCAUAGCGGGUAAGUCCGAAACUACAGA